AUGCCACGAAAGCAUCGAACGUCGUCAACAAAUGGUCAUUCGAAUACAACAACAAAGAAACUGAAAGAUAAACCAACAUAUAAAAUUAUCGUCCUAGGAACUGGCGGAGUUGGCAAAUCAGCAAUUACAAUUCAAUUUGUGAAAUCGUUCUUCUUCUCGGACUACGACCCAACAAUCGAAGAUUCAUAUGUGAAACAAUGCUUAAUUGAUAAUCAAAUCGCUCAAUUAGAAAUUCUUGACUCGGCUGGCCAGGAAGAAUUCAAACCUAUGCGUGAUCAAUAUGUUCGUGUUGGUGAAGGUUUCCUUUUAGUUUUCUCUUUAACAGAUCGUCGUUCACUUGACGAAUGUUACAAAUUGCAUCGUGAUAUUCUCCGUAUUAAAGAUACCGACCAUGUUCCCAUGUUAUUAGUUGGAAAUAAAUUAGAUAUACGUCAACAUGGUAUGGAUGGUCAUGCACGUUCUGCAGCUGCUUCGAUGCGUAUUCCAUAUUUUGAAACUUCAGCUCGUACACGGCACAAUAUCGAUGAAGUCUUUAUUGAAUUAGUACGAUUAAUUAGAAAGAAUAAAUGUCAAUAUCAAACGAAUACAAAUUUCUCCUUAUCAAAACAAAAGAAGCAACAAAAGAAUAGUGCUUGUUGUUCUUGUUGUAUUUUGUAA